UGCCCUGUUGUCUGCAAAGUUUCUAGCACUUAAAAACUUUAAACUGGGUGGGCAAAAGGCGAACUGAUGCCCCAAGAACACAAGCCUUUAAUAGUAAUAAGGAUAAAUACGAGCGAUGUGAAAUGUUUACGUAAUUCAAAUCGAGCGAUGUGCUACGAGAUUCUCUGGUGUCUUACUGGGAGGGGCAGCUGGUAAAACUGAAUGAAACGGCAGGAGCUUGUCAAGCUUGGUUAAUUGUGCUUAAGUGGAUUGAAGACCAGCGCAAAGUACUGGGAAGGGAUUACAGUCUAAUCUGGGACACCAAAAGCACCUCUCAGUCACAUCGGCAGGCGGAUUCGAGUGCAAGAGAGAGUGUCUGCUGCAAGGGGUCGGGUGGGGGUAAAGGAUCUUUUUUUGAGAUCGCCUAACACCAGCACACUCUUUGGAAUUUUGUCUACUCCCCCCCCCACCCCCAAACUGCCACAGAAAAAAAAAAGUGAACAGAGGAAGAUGGGAUUUCAAGUUUCAAUCUGCAAAGCAGAUCAGCAUUUCUAAUGAGCAACCAGUGAAGACUGGGCACCCUAAAAAGGAAUCUUUAAACCAUUCACUUUUUUAAUCAUCAACACCAAAUAUACACAUAUGUAUAUAUUAUGAGGAGCUGACAGGAAGAAGAGAACUGGAAAGAACCGAACAAAAUCACAAACUUUGGCUGAGAUGGAAUGUGCUGAGAUUUUUUCCUGUUGGAUUUUUGGGGAGUCAAAACAUUCUUUAAAGGAACAAAGUAUGAACUGUUUUGGCUUUAGGUAGGAGAUGCUUCUCACAUGGUGAAAGUUGACUGAAGUCUCCUGGGUAUUUCUGCAAACGUUUCCUUAAUUCUCAACCACUUGGGAUUUAAUUUUAAAGAAUUAUAAAAAAAAGUAAAGACAGCCAUCAUCAUGAGUCUGGGAAAACUCCCUGUGCUAAAGGGCUUCGUCUCUAACUCCCACAAUAAAAGACGCUACAAAAGUGACUUGACUGUGGACAUGAUCAGCCCCCCGCUGGGCGACUUUCGCCACACUAUGCAUGUGGGCCGUGGUGGGGAUGUUUUUGGAGACACUUCUUUCCUGAGCAACCAUGGAGGAGGAGGAGGAGGAGGAGGAGGAGGGACUGACACAGAUGCCAACAAGUCUGGUGGCUUAUUCUCCCGCACUCUACGCCAUGUCCGUAAAACCCCAGGAUCUCGUGCAAGAGGUGGCUCCCGAGAGCUGUCACCGCCUCCACCGGCGAUCUCGCCCAUCAUCAAAAACGCUAUCUCGUUGCCUCAGCUUGUUGAUGACACACCUAAUGGUGGCCUUCAGAAAGAACAAUUUAAAAGCUUGUCUACCAGCCAGUGGGAACCCAGCAGUUCUUUUGGAUUUGAAUCAGGAUUCUGUACCUUACCCCGUCUUUCACGUUCUGAGAAACACUCUUCAGGUUAUCAGGAUUCAGAUGUUCGUUCCCAUACUCCGCCAGCUGACUUGUGUCACAGCAGUGAACUUCAGCGCUCUGACUCCCUGAUGUCAUUCACUUUAGAUUUAGGCCCCUCUUUAAUGAGUGAGGUCAUGGAACUCAUAGAAAGAUCAGAGAAGAUUCUUGGACAGGAUGCAGGUGAAGACCACUUGAGCACCUCCUUCAGGAAUACCUCCAUUUCAGAAGUGGUCGAAUCCCCUUCUUGGAACAAACCCUGGCAGUCCCCAUCACAUUUGGAAUACUCAAUGUCAAAGGGAAAGCAUGUAAAUGGAGAUGAGAGUCUCGUACACAGAGCUCAGGAUUCCGAGGAACAAAUGCCAGGGGGUACAGUCUCUUAUCAGCACUUCAUCCAGGAGGAAAAAAGUCUGAUUACCAGCACACCGCGAAGAAAAGACUCUGGAAUGGACUCUGGACGAUUUAAGAGGGCUGCCAAUGUCCUAGAACGCCAUUAUGGUGGAUCUAAAUUCCUGCCUGAUGACAGACAAGGCUAUGCAAUUAGUGGGGACCACGAGGAGGACUGUGAUGUGGAAAAUUUGGAAAAGAGUCAAGAUCGGAUGGAAGUAGCUUCCCCUAGGAGGGCACCUUUUGCUUAUCCAGAGGAGGAAGAUGAAAUAAAAGUUUAAAGAGUCAGGAAAUUCUGCUCCUUAAAGAUUGUUCUCAAUAGCAGCUUCCAGGGAAGUGAAACAUCAGGAAUAAUCAAUCAGAUCUGCCUUUCUUGAAUCAGGAAUAAUAAUAAUAAUAAUGAUGAUAAUAAUAAUAAUCACUUGUACUCCUCACCUACUCUUAAAAACCACUAAACUCUAAUAUUGAGUGCAUUAAGAACAUUUUUUAGAGCACUCUUAUCUUGAUUUUUACCAUCUUUCAUCUUUUACGCUGGUGGUAUCAGGAAUAAAAAAUCAUUUUCAGAGUGUUAGUGCAGCAGGAAUAAUUAGCCUUCAGUUAUCAGUGUUUCUCAACACUUUUCAUAUUCUACCCGUAUUUCAAUAAUUACUCAUCUAAAAUGCCUUUACAUAAUGAUUAUUAAUUUAAAAACAUUCAAUGUGUCAGAAAUAAUAACCACUCACAUUGAAAUGUAUUGUAUCUGGAGAAUAAAAAGCACAAAAAACUGACUUUUUUACCUCAUUAUUAACAAAUGUCCACCUUUCUUACAUUUCUAAGCUCCCUGCACAUUCUGAAAAGUACUACAAAUCUCCAGAUUCCCUCAGAAUAAGGACUAAUGAUCAACGUGACCUCGCGAUCUCUUUUGUUGCUUUGGGGACAAGAACCACUUCUCUCUGUAUCACGGCAGACGAUCGCUGCUCUCAAUUAACAAUUACAAGUUGCCAAUUUUGCAAUACAUGGGGAACAAAAAUAAGCAUCUGAUUUUUGUACAUUUGCUUUUUAUGGCUGAACUCUGACACUAUGUAAAACGUUCAUUUUUAUUUUACAAAACACUAUGUGUAAUUUUGAACUAAUGUAAUAUUUUUAAUUUUAAUUUUGAAGAUGUGUAAGUUGGAAAUAUAAACACACAUAUGCUGUAUAAAUAUAAAAAAUAGGUAUAUAAAUAAUGUUUAUAAGUACUCUGUACAUGUGGCAGCAUUGACCCAGUGAAACUAUAUAUACCUAACAUGUCGUAGAAUAAUAGCAUACUUUGCAUUGGUAAAAUAUAAAAUAGCAAUUAAAUUAAAGAAGUAUCCAGCUAUAAAUCAUUAGUAAGCA